AUGGAAAUGAUGAAGAACAAAUUCGACUUAGUUUCAGACGAUUCCGAUCACAAAUACCGCCUCGAGAACAUCACCGGAAAUUGCUUCGGCGACACAAAAAGUGCCGUAUACAAAAGAAUCAUGAAAGAGUGGAAAAUCCUAGAAAAGAGUCUCCCUGAUAACAUCUACGUCAGAGCCUACGAACACCGUAUUGAUUUACUACGCGCCGUCAUCGUGGGCACUGCCGGUACACCUUACCACGACGGCCUUUUCUUCUUCGACAUCCAAUUCCCCUCCGAUUACCCAAACAACCCGCCAAAUAUCCAUUACCACUCAUUCGGUUACCGUUUAAACCCUAAUCUCUACCCUCCAGGCGGGGUUUGUUUAAGCAUUCUGAACACAUAUCCCGCUGAAAACUCCGAAAAGUGGGACCCAUCUAAUUCGACUAUUCUUCAGGUUUUAGUUUCUAUUCAAGGGCUCGUUCUUAAUGAGAACCCUUAUUAUAACGCACCUGAUGCUGUGUUCAGUGAAAAGAAGUCACGUGCUUACAACGAAGAAGCUUUCGUUCUCAUGUGCUACAGUGUCUAUCACCUCAUUAAGAAACCUCCUAAGAAUUUCGAGGAAUUCGUCAAGGAACACUUUCGUGAACGAGGGCAUGUUCUUCUCGCUGCGUGUCGAGAGUAUGCGAAUGGACGUGUGAUGCCUGGGUAUUACAGUUGUAACAGCAAUAACAGCAACAUCAACAGCUUGGGUUCAUCAACCACGAAGGUUAUUAAAGUUAACAAGCCUUUUAAGAAGUCGUUACAGUGUGCUUACCGCCGUAUGUAUACAAAGUUUCUCGAGUGUGGUGCUUCCUUGAAGGGUUUUAGGUUUCUAGAGUUGGAGAUUGAAGUCAAGAACAGUAAAUCCAACGGUGGAGAUGGAAUCUUCAAGAAAGCUAUAGGGAAGAUCAAAGUAGCUUUAGGAUCGAAGAAGAAGAAUAAGAUGAGUACCUAA